AUGCCUGCAACUUUUAUUCUUAUGUAUUUAUCAUCAAUUAUAAUUACAUUAUUUAAUAUAAAAUCAUAUGAAUUUCGUGAAGUUUUAUUUUUACUCUAUUAUAUUAAUAGUGCAUGUAAUCCACUAAUCUAUUCAUUUUUUAAUGUUAAUUUUCGUAAUGAUAUUCGUCGUAUAUAUAAAUAUCACAAACAUAUAUAUUUAACUUGA